CUGGAGAUCCUCAUCACUGAUAUAAACGACAACGCACCGGUUUUCCUGCCCAUCUCCGAGACGUUCGUGGUCGUCCCUGACAUCUCUCCUGUGAACCUAGAAGUGGCUGUAGUGAAGGCCAAGGAUGCCGACUCGGAGGCUGGGGGAGUCAUCAUCUUCUCCAUCCUCAGCGUGGUGCUCGUGCAGGACAACGGCAUCAGUCGGCCUUUUGAGAACCUCUUCAAGGUGGUGACCACGGCUGAGCAGGACACCUACAUCGGGAGCAUCCAGGUGGCCAGCAACCUCGACGCCUCACUGAAGGGGCAGUACCAGGUGACGGUGGAGGCCAAGGAUGACAAGGCACCGGUGCACACAACGCAGACUGUGCUAGAUAUCUUCACAGUGGAUCAGAGCUACCUAGUUGUCCUCCAGUUCGUGAUCCCAGUGGAUGAAGUCCAGAGUAACUUGGACAGUAUUAAACUGGCGCUGACCAUGGCGACCAAGGCACAGGUCUAUGUGGUGGCCAUCCGGACCCAGGAGAACGCCCGCACCUCCCGUGCCUCCCGGGCUCAAGCCAAGUCUGUGAUGGAGGUGUACUUUGUCUACAGCAACGGCACCGCAUUGCAAGUCAACCAGCUAAGCGUGCUCCUACAGAGCAACUCUCAGGUCUUGACGCAGCUGGUGACUCUGGGCCUGGCCGUCAUCGGCCCCGGCGAGGUGACGAAGCCCGACAAGGAGAAGGAGCUGAUUGGUGUCAUCGCAGGGCUGGCAGCAUUCAUACUCCUCUUCAUCCUCAUCAUGAUUCUGGCCUUGGUUCUCACCACCAGGAGCUUCAAGAGGAAGCUGAAAGAAAUGGCCUGCCACGACGCGCACCCC